AGCGACGGCCAUCUUUGAUGAGGGCACAGCUCCCAUUCCAUUGAAGAAGGAGACUCGGGGAGGUCAGGAACAGCUGUUCUUACCUCCCAGCCGCAGCAGCAAACCUCCCUCUCUCAACCCUCCGCAGAGGCGACCGGAGAGAACUCCUCAAGAGCCAAGGCUGGGCAAAGGCGAACUCGUGACCCAGGGCUCCUGCCGACACACUUGCAGCCAAAAUGGCCGAGGAUGCUGACAUGCGCAAUGAGUUGGAAGAAAUGCAGCAGCGUGCUGAUCAGAUGACCGAUGAGUCACUCGAAAGCACCCGUCGUAUGCUGCAGCUGGUUGAAGAGAGCAAAGAUGCUGGUAUCAGGACUUUGGUUAUGUUGGAUGAGCAAGGAGAACAACUGGAACGCAUCGAAGAGGGAAUGGACCAAAUCAAUAAGGACAUGAAGGAAGCAGAAAAGAAUUUGACGGACCUAGGAAAAUUCUGUGGUCUUUGUGCCUGUCCAUGUAACAAGCUUAAAUCAAGUGAUGCUUAUAAAAAAGCUUGGGGCAACAACCAAGAUGGCGUGGUCGCCAGCCAGCCGGCGCGUGUCGUGGAUGAGCGAGAACAGAUGGCCAUCAGCGGUGGAUUUAUCCGCAGGGUAACAAAUGAUGCUCGGGAAGGCGAGAUGGAUGAAAACCUGGAACAAGUCAGUGGCAUGAUUGGAAACCUCCGCCACAUGGCCCUAGAUAUGGGCAAUGAGAUUGACACACAGAACCGCCAAAUCGACAGGAUCAUGGAGAAGGCUGUUUCCAACAAAAACAGGAUCGACGAGGCCAAUCAACGUGCCACAAAGAUGCUCGGCAGCGGCUAAAUUCGGCCACCAAAAGCUCUUCAAGACCCUGUCCCCCAGGACAGCACCUUCUGCUUUCAUCAUGGUAUUUACUGACUAGGUUUGCACACAUUCCACAUAUCACCCCUCCUUCUGCCCCCCCCCAUGUUGUAAAUGUUGUCCCGUGUGGGUUGUCAGCUUUCCAAAAAUGAUACUUGUAAAUUAUGUUUAUUUUUCCAGAUCUCUUUUCUUUCCAAAGGUUGUAUAUAGUAAACUGAUCCGAUGGCUUAUCGCUCACGAUACCGUUCGUCUGUUGGGGUUUACCUGUUCCUUCCUUUCUUUCUUUCUGUCCGUCUGGGUUUCGUUUUUGGUUUUUUUGGAUGGGUUUGUGUGUGUUUUUUUCAAACAAUAAAAAAAACAAUUACGAUGUUUUGCUGAAUGACAAAAAAACAAAACAACAUUGUAGGAAUGCUCGACCGUGCUGUUAAACUUUGAACUCUACAGUAUUGUUCUUGUAAAACUGUUAACAUUCCACAGAGCUUCCUACCAGAAGUCCUUCCUCUUUUGAGUGUCUCGUUGUUUCCAAAAAGCACUUGAGGAUUUGGUGUUCUUUCUCAGUUCCUCUCCAUUGCUGUCAUCCUGUUGUUAUGAGUUCAUGAUUAGACGAUGUGGAAUUAUAUAACUUAUAACAAGCAUUGCACUAAAAAACAACAACAACAACAAAAACUUACAAGUGGUGUGAUUUAUGCAUCUAUUGCAUGAGAAAAUAGGCUUCUUUUAGACUCCUUAACUUGAGACCUUCCCAUGGCAGUAACAUCAACGGUGACAUCCGAAAAGUUCUCAGAAUGUGCAUGCUCUGUAUUGGGACAUUGUAAGGACUAUGCUAUACCAGCAAGUUUGAAGUAGUGCCACUUUAUUUCUUCUUGCCAAUUAUAUAUAUAUAUAAAGUGAUGUAUAUAUAUAUAUAUAAAUAGAUAUCUAUAGUUAUGAGCCAUGUUCAUUUCUUUUUUUUCCCCCUUCUUUUUUCUUCUUCUUUUCCUAAUUUUUGGUUUCAAACAGAGAUGGAUUUGGUACUCACUAUUCAAUCAUUGCCAGCAAAUUAAAUGUUUGGCUGGAAACUAUGUCAAGGACAACCGUGACAACACACGCAUCCACACAUCCACACACACACACACACACAAUUUAAAAGCAACAACAAAUAAGAAAUAGGUGUAAUAUAUAUAUAGAGUUUGCUGCUUUCAAAGACCGUCUUUUUUCAGGGGGAAUGGCUAUCAUGAAAUGUUGCCGAGAAAUGUAAUUUUUAUAAGGUUCUCUCUUUCUAGCUUCUCUCUCUCUCUCUCUCUCUCUCAUUCUCUCUCUCUCUCUCUCCCUAUGUGGUUUGUUAUCGGUAGAGUUAUCUGUUGCUUAACUAGCUAUGCACACCAAAAUCACUGCGAUGUUUAGUAGCUAAGUUAUUAAUUUGAACAACAACAAAAAAGAGAAAAAAAUAACUUUACAUGAAUGAAAUCUAGAUUAAAUUGUGAAAUAAGUAUAGUUGCCGCAUGUACUAUGAAAUUCCUUCUGUCUCCUGUCAGUUUGUGACGUGAUUGACAUUUUGUAGCUAGUUUAAAAAUAUUAAAAAGUAUAGACCUCA